GUCAUCAAUUCCUUGCAUCACUGGCUUGCAGAGGGGCAUCCUGUGAGCACAGCCGAGGCAGACUGGCCAGCCUCACUGCGGCUGUUGGGGAGGAGAGGGGGACCUGCAUUCCUGGAGGGGGAGCUCUGGGAGGGCCAGGCCUGCUGGGGAGCAGGGAGUUGGAACUGUUAGCCACAGGCUGGGACCAGGGUGCACAGUCUGGCCCACUCGCCGCGGGAUGAAGCUGCUUGCUUGGGCUGUUUGCUUCCACGGGCUUGGCAGGCAGGCAUCUGCCUGCCAGUGUCUGGGGCUCAGGAGCUCUGUGGGGCCCAGGCAGAGCCGCUGGGCUGCCAUCCAGGACGUUGGAACCGGGUCUGAUCUGCAGGGUCAACCCUGUGCCAUUGCAAGGAUCAUGCGGCCCGAUGACGCCAACGUGGCUGGCAACGUCCACGGGGGAACCAUCCUGAAGAUGAUCGAGGAGGCCGGGGCCAUCAUCAGCACCCGGCACUGUAACAGCCAGGAUGGGGAGCGCUGCGUGGCCGCCCUGGCCCGGGUGGAGCGCACUGACUUCCUGUCGCCCAUGUGCAUCGGCGAGGUGGCGCACGUCAGCGCCGAGAUCACCUACACCUCCAGGCACUCCGUGGAAGUCCAGGUCAACGUGAUGUCCGAAAACAUCCUCACAGGUACCAAGAAGCUGACCAAUAAGGCCACCCUGUGGUAUGUGCCCCUGUCGCUGAAGAACGUGGACAAGGUCCUGGAGGUGCCUCCUGUUGUGUACUCCCGGCAGGGGCAGGAGGAGGAGGGCCGCAAGCGGUACGAGGCCCAGAAACUGGAGCGCAUGGAGACCAGAUGGAGGAACGGGGACAUUGUCCAGCCCAUCCUGAAACCAGAGCCAAGCACCGUCAGCUACAGCCAGUCCAGCUUGAUCCACCUGGUGGGGCCCUCCGACUGUACCCUGCAUGGCUUUGUGCACGGAGGUGUCACCAUGAAGCUCAUGGAUGAGGUGGCCGGGAUCGUGGCCGCGCGCCACUGCAAGACCAACAUCGUCACAGCUUCCGUGGAUGCCAUUAACUUUCACGACAAGAUCAGAAAAGGCUGUGUCAUCACCAUCUCUGGGCGCAUGACCUUCACGAGCAAUAAGUCCAUGGAAAUUGAGGUCUUGGUGGACGCCGACCCCGUGGUGGACAACUCGCAGAAGCGCUACCGGGCAGCCAGUGCCUUCUUCACAUACGUGUCCCUGAACCAGGAGGGCAGGUCGCUGCCUGUGCCCCAGCUUGUGCCUGAGACCGAAGACGAGAAGAAGCGCUUUGAGGAAGGCAAAGGGCGGUACCUGCAGAUGAAGGCGAAACGGCAGGGCCAAGCAGAGCCUCAGCCCUAGAUGCCCUCCUGCCUCUGGAGCCUGGAGCAGACCAGCAUCUAACCACCUUGAAGUUACCCCCUUGGCCAAAACCCCAAUUCACGUUGAGACCUUGUGUUGUGUGAAGUAUUUGUCUCACAGUGUUAACCUGUACUUCUGAAAACCUAUACACCAAAGUUUUAUUUAUAUCAUUUCAGUGUACAUGCUACAGUGUUGCCCCUGACGCCCGCGGCGUUCCCUAGGGAAUACUUGGGCGCACCUUGUACAGUGCACAAAGAAUCCAGCAUCCCUAAUAAAGCUGCUGUUUGGCUGGA